AUGAAACGUGGAACGUACCACAGACUGUCGGCGCGUCAAAUUGCCUCAUCUCCAAUUGGGAGGAUCUUCCAAUCACACACAACAUGGCCACCGAGUCCAGGCUAUUUGAUCAGUGCUGUCUUUGCAUCAUUAGCUCCACUGACCUCCCACGAGAAGCUGCAGAGCAGGUGUGUUUCCACUCGAGGUACUCCAAGGCUGGCACUGACCACUCAGCUUGCGACAACACUUGAAGAAAAUGGUGGCGAGCCACUGAUUGUCCAGCCUGGCGCCGAGGUGCCUGACGUGGGCAAAUUCAGUCACUUGAUCUCGACCACCAUCGACUUUGAAGCCUACGACACCUCAUGCGAUGCCUUGAUCCCCGUCGUCAAGCCCCAAUGGGUUAAUGCCUCGUUGUCGAAGAGGAAACUCGUCAAUCCUCGCCAAUACAGCCCUGAUCCACGUCUGUUCAUGAAUGAUGUCGUCGUCACCUGUGGGGAUAUUCCGGGUGGUGACAAGGAUGCCAUUAUUGGAGGUGUCAUCGCCAAAGGCGGACUAUACUCCCCGCGAGUCUCGCAGAUGGUGACUCACCUGGUCGACCUCGCUGCCGAUUCAGAUAAAGCACAGAUUGUGCAAUUGAAGAAACUGAAGGUCAAGAUUGUGCUGCCGCAUUGGUUUGAUGAUUGCCUGAAGCUGGGAAGGCGCAUCGAUGAGCGUCCAUACCUGCUCCCGGAUCCGGAGAUCCUACGAGAAGGGCCCGAGACGCCAAUUAGACUACGCCAGAAUAAGGAUCUGGUCGGCGCCUCGACGACAGACCCUGCAGACCUACCGACACCGCAUAAUACGGAUCAGCGGAGUGUAUUCCAGGGAAAGACUAUUAUGCUAUCUCCGGAUCUCGGGAUUGGCUCGCACCUGCUGGAGUCGAUUCAAUCGGUGCUCGAGCAAGGCGGGGCCCAAAUGACGACGAAGGUCGAUAGUGCGGAUAUGUUAAUAUGUCGCUAUCGAGAGGGCUUUGCAUACCGUACCGCGUCACGACUGAACAUAGACGUGGGGAAUCUCGCAUGGCUGUACAGACUCAUGACAUUCAACACAUACACUUCGCCCCUUAGGCGUCUACUACACUACCCAGUUGCUCGGACUGGUGUUCCUGGAUUUGAGGGUUUGAAGAUCAGUUUGUCAAACUAUGUGGGCGAAGCGAGACUUUAUUUGGAGAACCUAAUCGCGGCAUCGGGUGCAGAAUGUACCAAGACUCUCAAGCAGGAGAAUACCCAUCUCAUCACAGCUCAUGGAAACAGCGAAAAAUGCACAGCCGCAAAGGAAUGGGGCCUGGAAGUCGUGAACCAUCUGUGGCUGGAAGACAGUUACGCGAAAUGGAAACUGCAGCCAGCCUCGGAUCCUCGCUAUAGCCACUUCCCGCUGCGAACGAACCUCGGAGAAGUCGCAGGCCAAACGCGCCUCGACCGAGCCGUUUUGGAACAGGUCUUCUUUGCAUCUGAGAACACGGCCCCUCGGAGUCCUGCCCGGCCAGCGCAGGGUAAAAAUCAGGUUGUCGUUGCCGUGCAACCUCCAGAGAAGAAACGAAAACUCGAGGAAGGCGCCUCAAAGGCUACCCAGGGUACUCCGCAGAGUAACGGCAAGGUCGGUCGACCCGCUCAAACGCCCGCUCGGUCUCGAGUCAUGUCCGAGGGCAAAGAAAAUGAAACUCCCUCGUCGACCAGCAGUCGCAGGUCAAAGGAUGCCGCAACCGCGCGUCUCCAUGAAUACGCCCCUGAUCUGGCCUUGUAUGAAAAGGAACGAAAGCGCGUGGGCGGUGUCAUCUAUGGCGGCAGACGCAAGUCAGAUGAAGACCGUGUUCAGGAAAAGAAGAAGCGAGUCUCUAUCGAGCCGGAGGAAGAAAGUGAUGACGAACCAGCUGUCGAGACCAAACGACAGAAGAAGUCCCGGCCUCCCAUCGCCAUGCAUUUGCUGAUUACUGGCUAUCAAAAGUGGGUGGGCAAAGGCAACGAAAAGAAAGAGGAUGCAGACAAGCGAGCCCUUCGAGACCUCGGUAUCAUGGUGGUUCAGGAUGCCAGGCGAUGUACUCAUGUGGCUGCACCAUCUAUCUUGCGAACCACCAAAUUCGUCAAUGCCCUAGCAUACGGUUCAACCAUUGUUAGCACGGAAUUCAUCACAGCCUGUCUCCAAGCGGACGAGCUUCUCGACCCGAGCGAUUUCCCUCUGGAAGACAAAGAAGCCGAAGAGAAAUACAAUUUCAGGCUCGAUUCCGUCACAGCCAACGCAAAGAAGAACAAGAACAAGAUGUUGCAGGGGUAUCGUAUUUAUUGCGUCGAAGAUAUUCGAGGUGGAUUCGAGGCCUUCAAAUCCAUUGUUGAAGCCAAUGGCGGUGAAUGUCUUCUCUUCCGUGGUCGCCUCACACUGGCCAAUAACUCCCGACGGGAAGAGAGCGAGGAAGAAAGCGAAUCAGAGGAUGAUCACGCUGCGCGACGAGAAUUGUUCCUCCUCAGCAGUGCUUCCAGCAAGCACAGUCGUGUUUGGCCUCGAUUCCGCCAGGCUGCACUGGAUAGCAAGAAGACACCCCAGAUUGUCCGUGUUGACUGGCUUCUCGACAUGGCCAUGUCGCAAUCCACGCGCACCACUGAUGGGUACGAGUUGACCGAGGAUAUGAUCGCAGAUAUGGAGGAGUAG